UUCUGAGGUUGUGAUACACUUCAUGAUCAAGAUGGCGACUUCUAUCUGGAUCCCAUGUCCUUGACCGCGAAUCAGCAAACGACAAGCUGUCUUCAGUACUAUUUGUCGGUAUUGUAACAAAAAGAUACCCGCUGUUGAUGACCGUUAGAAUUUUAUGUAAAACUGGAUUACAGAAUGACGCCUCCAAAAGAUUAGAGGUUCUGGUUUUGCAGCGGAAUAAUCAAGAAAAGAGGGGCGUUGAACUUGUCCAUGAAAUUCACCAGGCAGUCAACUGUAAGGGUGACCAGUUCAACUAGAGACCAUUUUCAACUUGUGGAUGAGCCAGCACAAUAUUACGUGCAACCAGUGACCAGUGUGAAUAUACUACUCGCAGGGAAGACGACGCAGUGCUAUUCAGUUUGAUGCUUUCAUCAAAUAGAAUCAAUUGAUAUCGCAAAACGCUUACUAAGACGGAUACCAAAAGGCAGUGGUAAUGAAGAAUCAUCGUAUAGCAAUUACGGUUUGUUCCAUCAUUGUGUUAUUGCUGGCUUACGUCGAUGGACAGCGACCUACGGUGACGAGAACGACAACAACGACUGAAACUAAGACAGACACUUUUUACAUAUCAACGUAUGCGUUAUGCGCUUCAGUAACGACGUCAGUGUCAGCUGUGGUCACGAAUUGUCGCCGACGUCGUAACUACUGGAUCGACGUCCCAGUUUAUAUCGCGCUGGACGAAGACGUCGACGAUCAAUUGACUCAAUUUUUCCAUCCAUCCAGCACUUACGAGGUGGAACCGACAGUAGGACCUGGAUUCAAAAAGGAUGAUGAAGACGAUAGCGGUUGGUUACCUGACGGUUGGCUGGCUCCGUCUCAGCCAAUUCAGCCUUCGCUAAUGACACCUGUAACCGAUGGGGGUUUCACUGAGGAAAGGGCACCCGAACCUGUUGGAUUCGCAGUGAUUGCGGAGGCAAUCAAUAAUGCACUUAUUGCUAUUGGACUUGCUGAUCCUACCACUUUCGUGACGGAAACAAAGACAAAUACCAGAACGACAACAAAGACGACAACGACGAGCACCAAGACGUUCUAUUUGUCCGGUUGCAAGCCAAGUCCAUUCCCUUUUACUCAGUGCAAAUAGAAGAAAGCGCAAAAUUAUAUUUAUAACAUACAAAUUUCAUUCACCCGAGUGUUUAAUACGUAGCCAUCCGUUUCCUUUUGUUUUUGCCACAUUAUGUCUAGUACGACAUGUUUUUUUUAAAUAUUUAUUAUGGCGUGAAAUGGAAUGGGCAAGUCACCCAAAUCUCGCAUUGUCUUAAAUAGUUAACGACGUUAACGUUUUCAUUAAAACAGUCUAUAUUUAACUUAAUUCUUCUUUUAGUAAUUGUCUUUGGUUUAUUGAUUUGCUCAACAAGUCGUCGAAAGAAAUAUAAAAUCAUAAUUCAUA